AUGUCUUACUACAAUCAGGCGAAUGCUGCCAAUGGAGGGUUCUAUCAGCCUUCUCAACAGUUCCAUUUUCCACAGGGCUCAAUGUCUUUCGAUGGAACGAGCUCUCCUGCUACCAACUCUGCAAGCUUUACAAACGAACAGCUUCCUAACGGAAUCCUAAAUGCAUUCUCAACAAGAGGUUACUCCUUUGAGCCAUCACUUUUAGAAGAACUAGGCAUCAAUUUCAGUCACAUAAUGACAAAAACUAAGUUCGUCCUCACUCCGACAUCGUCCAUCAACUUACCCCUAGAGAUCUUUAACGACACUGAUCUCUCAGGUCCGCUACUAUUCUGUCUAGUUUUUGGUACAAUGCUUCUCACAGCCGGCAAGGUGCACUUUGGUUACAUAUACGGGGUUGCGUUAUUCGGUUCACUGGCGCUUUACCAACUUUUAAAACUGAUGAGCGAUCCAAAAGGAGCUCCCGCUGGAGACAUUUCAUCUCCUUCUCCGUCGUCCACACCUACAUCAACGGGAUCAGUUAAAUCUGUCUCUUACCUUAGAACCGCCUCUAUCCUAGGGUAUUCAUUCCUUCCCCUCUGCUUUCUUGCAAUGAUAGGGAUUUUUAUGUCCCUCGAUAACUGGAUCGGUUACGUGCUAGGACUCAUAGCAGUGGUAUGGUGUACCUGGUCUGCUUCGGGCUUCUUCAUCUACUAUUUGCAACUUCACAAUGUUCGUGUCCUCAUUGCAUACCCACUAAUGAUCUUUUACAGCGUGUUUGCGUUGAUGGCCAUCUUUGUAUAG